UCUUUCCCGAGCUUCGGCACUCGCCGGAGCUGCCGAAGCGUCCGCCACCGUCUGCCCGCUGUGUUGUCUGACUGCCCUCCCGCCGCCAGUUCCGUCUUCGGGCCUGGUCUCUGCCUGCCUCGGGUGCUCGGGUGGGGGACGACGAGCGCGGCGGGGUCCCAGCGCACUGGGCAGAGCGCCCGGGACGCACGGUCGGAGCGCACGGUGCGGCGCCGGCCCAUGAGUCUAACCGGCGCGAGCCGGCCAUGGGGGGCAGCCUGCGGGUGGCUGUUCUGGGCGCCCCAGGAGUGGGCAAGACGGCCAUCAUCCGCCAGUUCCUGUUCGGUGACUAUCCCGAGCGCCACCAGCCCACGGGCGGGACCCGCCUCUACCGUCCAGCGGUGCUGCUCGACGGCGCUGUCUACGACCUGAGCAUCCGCGACGGCGAAGGCGACAUCGCUGGUCCUGGCCCUGGAGGUCUGGAGGUAGAGGAGCCGCCUGACCCUAAGGACUGGAGCUUGCAGGAUACCGACGCCUUCGUGCUUGUCUACGAUAUCUGCAGCCCGGACAGUUUUGAUUAUGUGAAGGCCUUGAGGCAGCGCAUCGCGGAGACCAGGCCGGCGGGCGCACCCGAAGCUCCUAUCCUCGUGGUAGGCAACAAGCGAGAUCGGCAGCGGCUGCGCUUCGGACCUCGGCGAGCGCUGGCCACCUUGGUGCGCAGAGGCUGGCGCUGUGGCUACCUCGAGUGCUCUGCCAAGUACAACUGGCACGUGCUACGUCUCUUCCGCGAGCUUCUGCGCUGUGCCCUGGUGCGCGCACGCCCUGCGCACCCAGCCUUACGCCUGCAGGGGGCGCUGCACCCAGCGCGCUGCAGCCUCAUGUGACUGCUGAGCUUCACCAGGAUUGUACAAGGAAAUAAAUUUUCUCCCUGACUGGAUAAGGAACGCUUCCCAGGCCU